UUGUGUUUGAUCUCUGCGCAUUUCGUCUUUUUCGAAUUUGGUUAAAGUUGACUAUAAUUUUUAAAGAUCUUUCAAAAUGUUUUAACUGAAUUAAUUAUAGUUUUUUGUAUAAUUUGAAAUCAGUAAGUUCGUUAUAUGUAUAUUUUAUACGGUUUUUUGUAAAAGUUCUUUACUAUUUUUAGUUAUACCUUAUCGUUAUAUAUUUACUUAACCGGGAAGUUUGAAGUGAUUAGUAAAGAAUUGUCCUGAAAUUAUGGAAUCUAUGGCUAGUAAAUUAAGAAACGGCAAACAUCUACACGAUGCCAGUAAAUUUAACAAAGAUGCACCAAAGCGUCUUGGCGAAUCCUUGCCCGAUGGUGGGGGGAAGAAGAGGAUUCUGGGCGAUAUCACCAAUCGAGCUCCUGCAACAAAAGGAAAAUCUGAUCCAAAUCUUGUGACAAAGGGAAAGUUUGACUCCAAGAAAAACCUGAAAACAAAAUCUGAAAACUCCACAAAUCUUGACUCUGAAAAUAUCAAUAAAUCAAUUUCUUUGAGAAGUCAGUCAUCUAAAAGUUCUAGCUCUGAAGAAUCAGUCAUGUAUAUCACAGCUAUGGAAACCAAUGAUAGUAUUAUGGAUGUGAGCUCUAUUAAAGAAGAGAUUGAGAGUGUAGCUGACAGUCCCUGUCGGCCUGAAGGCGUUGAAGAUUUUGAUGCUACGUGUAUAGAAGAUCCAAGCAGUGUUCCACAAUAUGCGAGGGACAUUUUCAGAUGGUACAGAGAAAGAGAGAAACAAUUUAUACUCGUAAAGUACCUGGAUAAGCAGAAGGAAAUGACCAAGUCAAUGAGAGCCAUUUUAGUUGAUUGGAUGGUUGAGGUCCAAGAAAGCUUUGAACUUAACCAUGAAACUCUCUACUUAGCUGUAAAAUUAGUUGAUAUGUAUCUUAUGCACAAUUUUGUGGCCAAAUCAAAGUUGCAGUUAGUUGGAGCAACAGCAGUGUUCAUUGCUGCUAAAUUUGAUGAAAGAUUACCUCCUCUUAUUGAUGACUUCUUAUAUAUUUGUGAUGACAGUUACAACCGACAAGAAUUCUUAGAGACUGAAAUAAAAAUUCUUAAAGCUAUAAACUUUGAUCUGGGAGUUCCAUUGUCCUAUCGAUUUCUGCGUAGAUAUGCAAGAUGUGCUCGAAUAUCUAUGGAAAUGUUGACAUUGGCUCGAUUUAUUUUGGAAACUUCUUUAAUGGAUUAUGAAUUAAUCGAUGUAUUGGAUUCAAAAUUAGCUGCUGCAGCAUUGUUGCUUGCUCUAAAGAUGAAGGAUAUGGAGUGGACUCCUACUCUUGAUUAUUACACAGAAUACAAAGAGAAUGAAUUGCAAGAUCUUGUUGUUCAUUUGAACAGAAAUAUUUCAGUUCCUCCCAACAAACACUUACAAACAAUCCGCAUGAAAUAUUCCCAUGAAAUUUUCUUCCAUGUUGCCAAGAUACCACCACUGAAACUUUCUAGAAAUGGUCAAUUGGAAAAAGCUCAAUGAAAUUGUGUCAAGUGUGAGAUGUUUGUGCAAAUGUUCAGUUAUAUGCAUCUGUAAAUUUUCAUUAUUUGUAAAUAUAUAAAUUAAUGAAAUAUCUUAGGGGAUAAAUAUGUAUGUUCACUUUGUAAUCUUUCUAUUCAAUUGCAUAUUUGUUUCAUGCCAAAUCAGAUAUUAUGUAUGUUGGAUGGACAAAGAAUUUGUCUAGGUAACAUUGAAUAAUAUUCAAAUGUUCCAAAUAUGUGGACUAAACAUUAUCGGGCAAAAUUGAUGACAAGCUAAAUCUGUAGUGUUUUAAUCUUUUUUAUAAAUAAACUGUAUGAUUUUUAUUCUUCGAUCUACACGUUUGUUAAACUUUUUCCACAUUAUAAGAAUUUUAGAGUAUAAAAUUGCUUUAUCACAUCUUCCAUUAGUUUUAUGAUGAAUACACAUAUUAGUCUUAAUACUGUGGUGAGCCAAUAUUUUGGCGGAACUAAAUAUAUAAAUUAUUUUGAUUUACAUCUGUAUGCAAGAAAACUGUUUUAUUUUUCUUAUGCUCAGGUCUUCCUAUUUCCACCUAGUAAAAAUCAG